ACAUGUCAACAGAAUAAAAUAUUCACCAAUGGCGGCGCGCCGGGCCCGAGACCCCUCCCCCGGCCCGGCCCCCGCCCCGGCGCCCGCGCGGCCCGCGGCCCGGCCGAGGGCUGGGAGGCGCGCGCGGGGCCUCCCCGACCAGCCGACGGGGCCCGAGGCAGGGGGCGCCCGGGGCCCGGGGCCUCGGGGAGGGCCCCCUCCCCCCCAAGUGCAAAGCAUCGACACGUCCCGGGGGGGGAAAGAGGGGGCGCCCUUCCCCUCCCUCCCCCCCCGCGCCCCAGCCUGGCCUCCCACCCCGCUCCCGGUCCCCGCCCCGGCUCCAGGCGCCCCGGACGGAGGCUGCGGGCCCCGGGAGGCGAGGCCAGAGGGCGGCCGAGUCGGGAGGCUCGGGCGGCCGAGGGCCCGGAGCCCAACUCAGGUGGCCGGAGCCGAUUUCGACACCAGGCCUGAUGUCCAAAGCUGCCUGACAGUGUGCUGGGCUCUUCUGGGAAGGCUUGUGGAAACACGCUCAGAGCUAGUCCUAUAUCCUCAUCGUCAGCUCUUGAUGGCUCGGGGAUGGAUGAAGAAUGAAACCAAAGAAGCUCUAAGUCUUCCAAGGACUAGUCCAAGCUUCACGGAGAUGGUCCUGUUUCCUAGCCUUGCCAUCGGAGAAGCUGGGGAAGAAGAGAAGAGAUGAGAGGAAGGCAUCAGAUCCUCUGGCAUUGGAGUCACAGACACAGAUACGUGAGCUACAUAAAAGCACUGGGAAUUGGACCUGGGUCGUCUGGAAGAGCAUCCAGCACUCUGAACCACCGGGCCGUUUCUCCAGCCUCAGAUGCCAUCCCUGAGACUUUCUGAAGCCCUACAACGAAGGUCACCAGCGACGCAUGCGUUCCCACGUGCACACCGAGCUUAUUAAAGUCACCUUUUCCAGAGAACAGGAAAUCACAGACAUUUGUUAAUGAACUGACUGAAACUUCCUGUAACCAUCUAAAGACUAUGUGAUGUUCAAAAUAUGCGUCUCAAGUUAAGAAGGGAGGCACAGUCCUUCCAGUAAAUAAAAGUUAACCGAACACAGUC